GCGACGACCACGGUAUCCACAGCGGCGGCAAUGUUUAAUCGGACAUUAUUCAACUUCCUCGUGACGGUUUUUAUUGGCCUCUCCCAGCAGGCUCCAGUCGAUGAUGUGCAUGACAAUGGAAAGGUGCUGCCCAUGACAAUGACAUACUUCAACAACAGCUUGGGUACGUACAUCGAGCACAGGGGACGCGCCUCCGUUAUCAUGUCAGAAUGGACCAUCGUUGUCUAUUACGAUAUGCAGCCGCUCCUUGCGCAGAUUAAGACAUUUUUGGACCACUACGAGACGCUAAUGGAUUAUUGCGGUGCUACUCCCGGGCACUUCUGUCCGAUAACACUGCAGUCCGAUCGAAAUGAGAUACAGGGUGCCAGCCUUUAUCGUGGUCUGAGCACAAAACUAGACUCAGUGUAUGUUAAGCAUAUCGGCGCUACCAUCUCAAGAAUUCAAGCCAACGAGGUGAACUUCAGAGACAUGCUCACGAAUCGAACCUCAGUCAUCGACAGCACAGUUAACGUGAUGAGAGAAACGCAGGCUUCCACAAAUGAACGACUGUCUCUGAUUGGGGCACGCAUUGAACAGCUUAAAUACUUCGAGACCAAUUCCUCGAUAAUUAUUUUCCUGACCGAAGAGCUGACUGCGCUGGCUGGCCGUAUAAGGCGCACCCAGGAUGCCAUACUUGAUGCAGUAAUUCCUGCCCAACAGGGCAAACUUAACCCAAUGAUACUUUCCGUCAAACAGAUGGAGAAUGAGCUGAACCUCAUCCUGGCCCACCUGCCACAGGACCGUCGACUGCCAUUCAACGUUCUUACGCUCGCUGAUGUCUAUCGAGUGGCCACCAUCAGCCACAUACAGCAGCUCGAAAGGCAUCUGCUAUUCCACAUCAAGCUGCCACUGGUGGACGUUGAGCAGUUCGAUGUCUACCAUCUGACGCCCAUACCAAGGGUUGCGGUGGAGGCCAGCGGCCUUCACCUGCUGUAUACAGAGACGCCCAAUCUGGCCAUUAGUGACCAUUUGGACAGGUACUUCCCGCUGCGGGAUGCUGAGUUGGACAGCUGCCUGCAGCUGCAACAGGAAAGAUUCCUGUGCCAGCCCCAACAGAUCACCUUUGGCCGAGACUCCGGCAUGCUGCCGUGCACACUGGCGGCCUUCCGGAAUCAUACCCAAUCCCCGGCAUGCAGGCCACGCCAUGUGAACCAAAGCUCUCUUUGGAUACCGCUCGCUGCGCCCAAUCGCUGGAUGGUGGCCGUCACCAAGGAGCUCUCCAUUAUGGGUGUUUGUUCGGAUGAUCGGCAGCAGCUGCACAUCAAUGGCAGCGGCAUCUUAACCAUUCGCAGCGACUGCAUCGUUCGAAGUACAUCUGUGACACUCCAAGGCAUGCCAGGCGCAACAGCAGGGAAGUCCUACGCCUCUCUGACAUCCCUAGACGUGGAACCACAGAGUGCUUUGACGCCACAGCCACUGGAGUUGGGGCAGGGCUCAGCGGUGGCCAUCAUUGUUGCCUGCACUCUCGUGCUGAUCAUUGCAUCCAUUUCUCUGGGCUGGUUCUAUUACUACCAGCGGCGAGGCCGUGCACAGCAGACACAGAGCCCCGUGGAGGACCAUCAGACAAAGAGCAAUGGGAGCUGCAACGAUCAUCCUCUGCUGGAGAAGCCCCUGGGGGAGUGAGUGUGGAGUUGGUGUCCAAUAUAAUACACGUUUAUUUGUAUGGGUUUGAAUUGCAAUAAAUAUUAGUUACUCUCUCAUCAUCCACAUUUACACAUUGUAAGUCUCGAGGCUUUUGUUUAAGGUUACCUUUUGGGCUGCACUUAGAACUUUUGAAAAUAUAAUGGGGGCUUGGGGCAGGGAGCAGGCGGACGCUCGGGUGCUCUAUGUUACAUUUGCCUUGUGGCUUGGCCUGGACCACUUUCGUUUACAAUUAAGAC